UGGUCCUUACAGUAAAGUCAGGAAGUUGUUUUAUUUACUGAACUUAACCCAGUCAGAUUAUAAACGUCUUCUUUAUAUAUUUUUUAUUCUAAAUUUAGCACCCGACUCUAACUUUAUCAAGGUUUGAUAUAUUGAAAUCACCUGUUUGAUAUUUAAGCUAGGAUUUCAUCGCAGGCUUAUUUUUUUUUAUUAUUAUUUGUCCUCCGUAUCUUCCAUUUCUAGUGGCAUUAUGGCAGUUUUUGAGAACUGUACUGUAGUAUUAGAUGUGAAGAAUUUGCCUUUUAAAGAGAAGAAUAAGUUGAGGUCAGCACUUCUGGAUAAUGGAGGCAACAUCUCCUACGUCGUCAACAAAGAGUGUUCAUUUGUAGUCACAAGCAGUUUGGAUGACCUGAGCAGUAACCGACAGCGCAGCAUUCAGAAGCACAACAUCCCAGUGGUUGAUUUGCAGUAUGUGUGGAGUUGUCUGGAGAAAGGACAUCUUCUGCCUUUGACAGAGCAUAUUUUGGCCUCACAGCUGUCAAAUCCCAGCUCUGAACCCCUCCCUAAUCCAGAGAUAAAAGUGUGGACCCAGCUAUCAGGGAAGUUCAAAGGUCAGCCUCAACUCAGAAACACUGAGACUGAGAUUCUUGAAAAGGGUGGACCCUGUCUUGGCAAGUUCAGAGUUUACAAAGGAAGUUACCAUGACCUGCCUGAAUUUCCCUCUCAUUUUCAAGUGGCCAAGUAUUCCAUUUUUGACAGUGUCAAACCCAAGACUUUGUCAGUUUUGGAGCUACAGAGUGCCAAAGGAAGUGCAGGCCAGCAGUAUCGUGUAUUGUGUUCCAUGUUGCGUGAAGCAGAGACAGCAGUGGUGCAGGAUAAGAUUGUGUAUUGUGUGACCUCUGAGGAUGCUGUGGAAGCCUAUCAGAUGCUGAUGAAGGAGAUGGAGGCUCAGGGAUUCAAACAGAUACACACACUUCCUCCUGAGGUUGAGCACUUGGCAUCCUACAGCUUGCAGCAGCUUCUGUUGGAGGAGAAGCUGAACUGCAGCACAUUAUCACAGGAAGUGGGCAUCUUUGUGGAGCUGGUCUGGACUGAAGCUCUUGGUUCCCUUAGCAACAUCCUGACGGUCCCCAUCUCCAGCAUCAGCCUUAAUGAUGUGAGUCGGGUGGAGGGAUUGCUGCUGCAGGCACAAAAAACUCAAAAAGAGGCUGAAGUCAAGGCCCUGCUAGAGGAAGUUGACACUCUUCUACCCCUCAGAAUGAUCGACCCUCCUUCCAAACAGAAGCUUGUGUCUCAGAAACUAGACCUUUGUCAGCUGAUCAGAGAUAUUGUGAAUGUGAGUGAAGCCACUCUGAGAAGCCCCUCACCCUCCUCUCUGGGAAAGUAUCGUGCUUUGAGAUGCAGCAUUGAAGUUGUUCCAUCACAAAACCCUGAGUUUCACGUUGUUUCUCAACUACUUAAGGACAGGCCUGUUCAGAUUCAGCAGAUAUUGCGCGUAAACAGAGGAGUGGAGCUUCAAAUGUUUAGGGAGGAGCUAGGCAACAUUAAGCCCCUCCUCCACUCUUCUAGUCCCAGAAGUUUUGUUGGAAUACUGUCACGAGGUCUGCUGCUGCCCAGAGUUGGAGUCGAACAGCAUGGAAUUGAGAGGACAGAUAUUGGGAAUCUUGGAGGAGGCAUCUACUUCAGUGACUCUCUAUCGACUAGUGUGAAGUACUCCAAGCCUAGUGUAACAGAUGGCUCUCGGCUGCUAUUGGUGUGUGAGGUGGCUUUGGGCCAGUGCAAGAACCUUCUAAAAAGAGACACCACUUUGACUUCUGCCCCUGAGGGGUACAGCAGUGUACAUGGAGUCCGCCGCACCCCAAAAACUCCCUCUGAAUUUGAGGAUGAUGAGUAUGUAGUAUAUAACCCAGACCAGAUUAAAUUGAAGUAUGUGGUACAGUACACUCUGGAGGAGGACCAGUUAAAAGUUUUCCAGCCUCAUGUUGACACCUCUUUGGAGCUCACACAGCCCACUGACACAACCUCGGACUUCUUGUCCAGUGAUGACAGUGGGAGUUUGGAAUGUACUAAGAAUCCUCUAGAGGAGAUGACCGCAGGGUUGCUGGACAGCAGUGGUCAGAAACUUCCCCUACAGGCUGUUCAUGUAAGAUGCAAGCUCAUGGACCUACUGUGUCAGGUCGUCAUUUUUCAGACUUACACAAAUCAGAGUGCUGUUCCUAUUGAAGCAAAGUAUGUCUUUCCACUGGAGGAGACGGCAGCAGUCUGUGGAUUUGAAGCCUUUAUCAAUGGAAAGCACAUCAUUGGAAAGGUAAAGGAGAAAGAGCAGGCUCGUAAGGAAUACAAACAAGCAAUAGAGAAAGGCCAUGGAGCCUAUUUAAUGGACCAGGAUGCACCUGAUGUAUUUACUAUCAGUGUGGGGAACCUUCCUCCUGGAGCCACAGUUUUGAUCAAGGUGACCUUCAUCACUGAGCUGGUGGUGAGAGCAGGAUCUAUAAUCUUCUCGCUGCCUGGUAGCGUUGCGCCCUGGCAACAGAGCAAUGCCAUUAAUCAGAGAACUCAGGGAACUGUUGAGAAGGUUUGUGUGACAGAGUUUCAGUCAGAAGGGGAGUUUUCUCUGUGUAUGUCCAUUGAAAUGCCUUAUGAGAUCAUUGAUUUAAGGUCUUCACACCGCAUCAAAACCAAGAUGACAGACUGUAAGGCAGUGGUCAGUACUUUGCCAGGACAGACUCUUGGAUCUGAAGGGUUGCAGGUGUUCUUCAGUCUCUCUAAGAUCCACAUGCCCAGGAUGUGGGUGGAGAAUCAUCCAGAGAAUGAUAGUCAGGCCUGCAUGUUGGUGUUUUAUCCAGAUUUUAAGUCAAGUGGGGUGUCCAGCUCUGGAGAUCCGUCCAGUGUGAGUGAUGUGGUAAUUUUACUGGACUCGUCUGAGUCUAUGCGGGGAGACGCCAUGAUGAAUGCUCGCAGGAUUGCCCUUCAAGUCCUCAGCUCUCUCAACCGCUCACACAAGAUCAACAUCACCUCUUUUGGCACUGAUUACAAAGAAGCUUUUCCUGCACCAGUGCCCUUAAUUGAGACAUUUGAAUCAGCCAGACAAUUCAUUAUGCUCUCUAGUGGUGCUGGCGGCAGUACCGAGCUGUGGAGGCCUCUCCGUAGCCUGAGUCUGCUGCCUCCUUCACAGGGUGUGAGGAAUAUCCUGCUGCUGUCUGAUGGACAUAUUCAGAAUCAGGAUGUGACCCUACAGCUGGUCCGAGAGAACUCCUGCCACACACGCCUCUUCACCUGCGGCCUCAGUUUGACAGCUAAUCGUCAUAUGCUUAGAGCUUUGGCUCAAGCAGGUGGUGGAACAUAUGAAUUUUUCGACACGAAGAUGAAACACACUUGGGCCGAGAAGGUGCGCGCUCAGGUUCAGCGUAUGGAGUCUCCAGGCUGCAGAUCAGUGGCAGUGAAAUGGCAGCAGUUUAAUCCCACAGCGCCCACUCCUGUUCAGGCUCCUUCACAGCUGCACGCUCUCUUCAGUGACUGUCACACACUGGUAUACGGCCUUGUGCCACAUUGCACUCAGGCCACACUGUUUGGAAAUCUGAGUGGACAAGAGAUCAAAACAAUGGUGUCCACCACAGAACUACAAAAGACAAAAGGAACUUUCCUCCACAAGUUAACGGCCAGAGCGAUCAUCAGAGAUUAUGAAGAUGGCAUUCUUGGCAUCAGUGAGGCUGAACAUGAGGGAAAGAAAGCAGAGCUGAAAUCCUACAUCACUGACCUCAGUAAAGAGUUCUCUAUCUUGUCCCAGUUUACGAGCUUUGUCGCCAUUGAAGAGAGGGACCAGAAUCAGCUUGACACUGGAUUCACAGAUAUUCCUAAACUGAUUGCAGAGGAGGAUGUGGAUAUUCUGUCAUAUAUGGGCUGGACUGAAGAGAAGCAGUUUGCACAGGAUGACUUUGACAAGGAGGAGUUAUUUGCUGAAUUAGAAGCUUGGUCCAAUGACUCAAAUUUGGGAAUUCACUCUCUUCUUGAUGACACUUUUCUUUUGGAAUCGUCAACGGAAUCAUUUUCAGUAUGUGCAAUGCCAAGAGGGAGAAAAAAAAGGAUCAGAUCAUCCUUAAGGAUUGCAUCUGCCUUUGGUGAAUCAAAUAUGCAAAAUUUAAGCUCUGUAGAAGCAGCCGAAAUCCAGCCACAAUCAGUGGAAACCCCCAGUAACAUCCUCUAUGAUGCUGAUUAUCUUGCCAAAGAAGUUGUAGCAGCCAAACGAAGUGGUCUAAACUUCUCACUACAUGCCUCGUGUGAAUCAACUAGUUCUGAUCAUCCAGUUUCUGCAGCUUUUGAGUGUGAAAGCCCUCUAUCUCCUCCCUCUCCCAUCAACAUUCAGAGAUCGGUGAUCAGAAGUUUGUCCAGGAAAAAAAAGUUUCCUUCCCCUACUGUCGGGUUUGGCUCCUCAAUAGUUGCAACCUCUCAUGCUCAGUCUGCUCUUCCCCUUUUGUGUGACAGUGCCUCUUUUCGCUCCAUGAGUGACAGGUGUCCUCCUCCAACUCUUGCCGCCACAAUGCCUAUACCUCUCCCCAUUGUUUGCGGAUCUCCCUCUGUACCUAAUGGCGAGCCUUAUACCUCACUGCUUCCUCUCCCUCCUCCUCCUCCUCCUCCAGCUUUUGUAUAUAAUGGCCCUCCACCUGGCCCUUCUCCUAGUCUUGGGAUUUUUGGCCCUCACCCUCCUCCAGCCUUUGCACAUGAUGUCCGUCCACCUAUUCUUGGGACUUGUGGUAUUCCUCCUGCUCCUGUGAUCUAUAGCCCUCAUCCUCUUUCUAAAAAAGGGUCUUUUGAAGCUCCCCCAAGAAGAGGUGACCAUCCUUCUUCCAGUAACUUAACUUCUGCUAUGCCCAUCUCCCCAGUUGCAUUGGACCUGCUUUAUGAUAAUCCUUAUGCUACGGCCAGCUCCUCAUUUUCAUUUGAGGCAUAUCGUCAGCUACGGGAAAAAAGGAAAGAGCCAUGUUUCAGAAUAAAAUUGUCUGCAGUUCAGCCAGUGAAAACAUGUGAACCAUGCACACAGCUUGAUACAGUGGCCUGGGAAAAGCUGUUUGAGCUUCAACAUAAGGAGGGAUACUGGGAAUGUACUGGGAGGCUGAGUAGUUUCCUCAGAUUGGACAUAGACUUUUUUGCCAAUGUCUUCCUUAAGGAGAAAGGCAUCUGUUCCUUGGGUGUGAAGGCUCACAUUGACAUUCUGAGACUGCUGGCCACUCUGUUGGUGCUGCAGCUGAUUCGGGUGAAGAAGCUGGCAGAGGGAGAGCUGCUCCAGUCUCUGUUCAAGCUGAAAGAGUCCCAUGGGCCCAGACCACUGCACUGGGAGUCAGUGAAGAGGGCAGUAGACUGGGCCUGCUGGGCUGACAGACAGUAUCCAUGUGUGUGCAGCAGGCUGGAGUUGGGCUGGGAUUGGGAAUCAUCCACACGACUGUUACUGGGAUGUGACUCACCACUUCCAUACUCGCCACUUAUUCCUGUUCUGGAGAGGCGUGCGGGUUUAUCGAUCGUGUAGAACCUGGUGCUGGGAGAGCAAGUUUAUAGUUUAUCUGUGUGCAUGCAUACCAUUAAUGUACGUUCGGAUUAUUGUAAGCACAUUACAGCACGCUCUUUUCCAUUUCUUUCUUUCUUUUUUAGAUUAUUGUGCAUUCAUGCCAGAUAAUUUGUUCUGGCAUGCAGAAAACCUUUAAGUGUAAAUGUAUAUAGUUCACACAAAAAUGAAAAUUCUGUCAUCAUAAUCACUCUUAUGUUGUUCCAAACCUGUAUGAUUUUCUUUCACAAAGGUAGAUGUUAGCCAGUGUUAAUAUGUUAAUCUCAGUUAUGAUUCAAUUUUAUUGCAUCUUUUACCAAACAGUAAAAGUGAAUGAUGACUCAGGCUGUCAUUCUGCCUAACAUGAUUUGUGUUCCUCCAAAGAAAGAAAAUUAUACAGGUUUGGAAUAAAAUAAGAGUGAGUGAGUGAAUGAUGACAGAAAUUUCAUUUCUGGGUGAGCUAUUCCUUUAAUUUAUAUUACUCUUCUUUAUAUUUGCAUAUUUGGUCUUGAGGUAAUAUAAAAGUAAUGAAAACUAGUCAGAUUAUGCUACUUUGCUGUUUUUUAAAGUUUCAUCUCCAUCCCCAGUGUCGGGUAAGCUACACAAAAAAAAGUAAAUUACUACAAAUUAUUAAUUACUUCUCUAAAAAUUUUAAUCAGAGUACUCAUUACUUCAUUGAAAAAUAAUCACAUUACUAAUCACUUUACUUUUGAGUUACUUUCUAAAACACUUUUGCAGAUAAUUUUUAGUUUUUCUGCUCAAUGAAUUUUAAAUAAUGUCUGUAUUUCUUUCUUGUUUAUUGUCACACUCAAGUCAUACUCUUAGCGCUACACCUUUCUCCCUUACAUUUGUUUAGGAGGUGCAUGCCCUUCAGCAGUCACAGAAAUGCAAACAGAUGGCAUAUUAACAUAAUUCAUGUUUUUAAUGUAUUCUACAUAAAUAUUAUUGUUUUAGAAAUAUGUGUAACCCAAGUAAUGUACUUAAGUAAUGUACUAAAGUAAUUAAUUGAAAGUCAGUAACUGUAAUCUGAUUAAAAGAAUGUAAAUGUGUAAGGUGUUACACUACUUUUUGACCUAAAAGCAAUUAGAUUACAGUAAUUACUUUGUAAUCAGCAGGGUUGGGGAGUAACGGAAUAUAAGUAACAGGAAUACGUAUUUAAAAUACAAAAUAUAAGUAACUGUAUUCCACUAUAGUUACAAUUUAAAUAAUUAGUAAUUAGAAUACAGUUACAUUCAAAAAGUAUUUUGAUUAUUGAAGAGAUUACUUUGCAUUUUAUUGUCAUUUGUUUUAUUUAAUAUUUAGUCCUUUCAGAUGGAAAACAUUUAUACAUAUAAAUGAUGCGAUUCAAAGUGCAUUUGAACAGCAGUGAAACACUUUCUUAUGAUGUGUUACAUUCAUACGAGCAGACAGAGAAAGUUUGAAGUAAGUUUGGAGAAGAAGAAAUAGAAAUAAACCUUGUGUAAAUUGUCAGCUUUACGCUAAGUUAAAAUGCUAUUUGUAGCCAUUUUAUAUGCACAUGUUUCCAGGCACGAUCAUAUUUUUUUAUCAAGAAAAUUCACGUUGGAUCAUAAUUUCUUUUUUUCUAGUAUGACCUUUGAUAUUAGGGCAAAAAUCAUAUUCUUGAUCAUUUUUUUAUUGUUUUCCUAUAAAAAUAUCUAAAAAUCCUUAAAACAAGAUCAGUUUGAUUAAUCUUGUUUUAGAAACAACAUUGCAUAAGAUAUUUAGGUUUUUCAGAGAAUGUACAGCACUGUGCAAAAGUCUUAGGCACAUAAGAUGUUUCACAAAAGCAUUUGUCUUAAGAUUAUUUAUAUUUUCAGCUUUAGUGUGUCAAUAGGAAAUAUAAAUGUUAGACUCCCAAACAUUACUUUUGCAAAUAGAAUACAAUAGAAUAGAAUAGAAGAACAGGGAUCCCUGCAACAGAUGACAUGGCCCUCACAGAGCCCCCCACUGAACAUUGAGUCAGUCUGGGAUAACAUGAAGAGACAGAAGUAAUUGAGACAGCCUAAAUAAAUAAAAGAACUGUGGCGAACUCUCCAAGAAGUUUCUAACAUCCUAUCUGCCAACAACCAAGAAAAACUGUGUCCAGGUGUAAGUAGGAAAAUUGGUGUUGUUUUGAAGGCAAAAGUUUUCACACCAAAUAUUGAUUUAGCUCUUUUUCUGUUUACUGGACUUUGUAUGAUGUUAAUUGAUAAAUGAAAACUAUUUAUGUCAUUAUUUUUUUAAGAAAUCCUCACUUUGAAAGUUUUUCACAAGUGCCUAAACUUUUGUACAGUACUGUAUUUUUAACGUGUAUUUUGUCUUACUGUACUGGCAGAGUUUUUAUAGUCAAAACAAGUGAAAAAAUCUACCAGUGCUGAAGAAGUAAUCCAAAGUAUUUAGAAUACGUUACUGACCUUGAGUAAUCUAAUGGAAUACAUUACAAAUUACAUUUUACAGCAUGUAUUCUGUAAUCUGUAGUGGAAUACAUUUCAAAAGUAACCCUCCCAACCCUGGUAAUCAGAUUACACCCAUUGUCUAUCACGCAUUGUAUUGCACUCUUUGUUGUGUUUCAAGUUUGUACAUGUUUGUGUAGGUAAUGUGAUUUCUUUUAAGUUACUUUUGGUGCAAUAAACAGUCUGAACUUAAAGAGAUAGUUCACCCAAAAAUUUCACUUGUGCACUUGUAAAUCUAGAUGCAAGAGAGCAGACUGUCGGUUUUGUUCCAGCUCUUGUGAUUGGUCACAACUUCGUUGGCUCCUCCAACACUGACAGUCUACUCUCUUGCAUCUAGAUUUACAAGUGCACAAGUGAGAUUUCCUAAAGUUUUAUCGCAAAAGGAGUGAAGAUUUAAAGUUGCAGUUCCAGAUUUGAGAGGUUGUAAUUGCCGAUUUGUGGUUGUACAGCGAAAAUGAAUUAAAGUACAAAACGAAUGUGUAAUACAA